AUGGGCGAUCAGCAGGAGCGCCAGCCAUUGCUGAACGAUACAGCGAAUGGCAACAAUGCCAACGGGAAACCGUACCACGUGUCCUUCGAAGAUGGCGUCGAAGGGCAGAACCCACUCGAGUGGUCGAAGAAGUACAAGUGGUUCUCCGUCGCUCUCUUAUGCGGUUUCGCCGCCAUCGUAACGUAUACCUGCAUCGGCAUCGUCCCCGUCGCGGACGAAGUCGUCACGGAACUCGCGGGCCAUCCAGACCGAGAAGCGACAGUUCUCUUCGUCACCAUCUGGGAGUUGGGCGAGGCCACAGGCCCGUUAUUCAUCGCUCCAUUGUCGGAGAUAUUCGGCCGCUUUGUCGUCUACAAUGUCGCGAAUUGUCUGUUCAUCGCUGGCGUCGCGGUCACUGCUUUGAGUCAGAAUCUUGGCCUGCUCAUCUUCGCGCGCUUCGCUACGGGGUGUGCGGUGGCGGCGAAUGUGCUCAAUCCGGCGAUUAUUGGCGACAUCUUUCCUUCCGAGUCGCGGGGUGCUGCUAUGUCUGCCGUGAUGCUGGCUCCUUUGAUUGGAGGCGCAUUGGGACCUACCAUCUCCGGCUCCCUCGCCGAAGCAACCGGCUGGCGAGAAAUCAUGUGGCUCUGCGUGGGCAUCGCCGGCGUCAUCGAAGUCCUCUUCCUCGUCCUCUUCCGCGAAACAUACGCCCCAACUCUUCUCCAUCGCAUUGCGAAGAAGAAACGUCAGGAGACCGGGGAUGAUUCCUGGACUACUCCGGAGGCGGAAGAAGGCGCGGGAUCGACGAGGACUUUGCUCCGCUCCAUGACGCGGCCGGCGAGGAUUGUGUGGAGUUCGUCGCUGUUGCAGCUCAUGUCGCUUUGGGGUGGGCUGGUGUUUUCCUUCUUUUAUGUCAAUUCGACAUCUUUGCCGGAUAUCUUGAAGGUGGUGUAUGGUUUCAGUCCGAGUAAGAGGGGGCUGUCGUAUUUGGCUUGGACACUUGGCUCUUGUAUUGGCCUGACAGCCUGCAACCGCCUCAUGGACCCAAUCUACAACCGCCUCACCAAACGCCGCAACGACUUCUACCCCGAAGGCCGCCUCCCCCUCUGCAUCUUCGGCGCCUUCCUCCUCCCCCUAGCCGUCGGCCUCUACGGCGGCACAGCCGGAAACCACAUGCCCGUCUUCGUCUUCCUCUCCACCGUCACCCUCCUCUGCAUCGCGGUCGUCACCUCCAUCGUGCCCCUAAUGACUUUCAUCACCGACGCUUUCGGCCGCUACUCUGCUUCUGCUUUGACGGCUACGCUCAUCAUUCGGUGUCUGAUGGGUGCUUUUUUGCCGUUGACGGUGCCGCCGCUUUCGGAGAAGGUGGGGUAUGGGCCUGCGUUUUUGGUGUUGGCUGGUGUUUGUCUUUUGCUGGCGCCGAUUCCGCUUUUGGUUAUGCGGUAUGGGCCUUCGUGGAGGCAGAAGUCGAGUUUUAGUGAGGACUCGUGA